CCCGACCCAAAAAGAGGGUGGGGGCUUCAUGUUCUUCGCCUCUUCGCCGAGCUGUGUAAGAUUUUGAAGAGAUUGUGUGGAAAUGCCAUCUUCGGAUAACAGGAGCUCGUCCUCCCGCCUUCCUUUUGGUUCCUUCCGCCGUGCAAUUUUCUCAGUCACGACCGAUCAGGUACAUUCGCUAGAACCAGUCCGGGAAUCUCCCGUUGAAGACUCAGGGUCAUUAUCGUCUUUUCACAGAUUAGUGUCGACCCGGUUCUCCGACCUUUCUACGGCCAAUGAUGAAGAGUUCCUCUCGAUUCCAUGGAUAAGAAAGCUAUUGGAUGCAUUUGGCGAUUGCCACGAUAGUUUCCGCACUACCCUUUGGAAAAAUGGCGGCAAAUAUCCCGUCACGAAACCGCCACACGAUAAGAUUCUCUCGGACUACUUCGACACGAGCAUCAAGGCGUUGGAUCUUUGCAAUGCCGCCCGCGACGGGAUCCAAAAGAUGAGGGUAUGGCAAGGGCAUUUGGAAAUCGUGGCUUCGGCGUUGGAUCCCAAGGAGCGAAGAGCGAUCGGCGAGGGGCAUUUCCGUCGCGCGAGGAAAGCGUUGACCGAUUUGACCCUCGUGUUGGUCGCGGACGACAAGGACUUCUCAAGCCGAAACCGCUCUUUCGGGCAACACAAUAGGCCGGCAAAAGACCAUUCUACCCCUUCGCCGAGGCACACAAGGUCCUUGUCAUGGAGCGUCUCUCCUUCGUGGUCCGCGUCCAAACAACUCCAACUCAUCGCCAACAAUUUGCUCCACCUCCCAAUCCCCGCCCCCAACAACGCCUCCGCGGCGCUCACGUUCACGAUGAGCCACGUGCUCUUGUGCGUCUUGUGGGCCCUCGUCGCUGCCAUCCCGUGCCAAGACCGGGGCGGGGCCCAAGUCAACGUCCCCGUCCCCGCCCAGUUUGCGUGGGCCCGCCCGCUCCAGGCGAUCCAUUCGAGGAUAACGGACGCGUCCAAGAAGCGGGACCGGAGAAACGCCAACGGGUCGUUGAAGGAAACGGGGCAAGUCGAGAACGGAGUCCAUCAGCUCUUGGAGCUGAUAGAUUCCGGGGAGCGCGGAGAAGAAGCCAUGGAAAGGGUGGAGAAGCUUUCGAAGGUCUGUAAGGUCUAUCGGACAGAGCUGGGCCCGCUCGAACGCCAAUUGAGGGACGUGUUUCGGAAGAUCAUGACGUGUCGGGCGGAGGGGCUCGAAAUCUUGGGCAAGGCAACACAACCAUAGCCUGCCCUUAAACAAUCUGUUGAAUAUAUAUAUAUAUAUAUAUAUAUAUAUAUAUAUAUAUAUAUAUAUAUUUAUUCAUAUUGUCAUAUGUUCUGUUCUUUUUGUGUCAAAUAUAGGGGAAGAAGGAAGCCUUUGAAACAAAAUUUGCUGAAAUUC